AUCAACCCCAUGAUGAAGAGACCCAUGACAUUGUGGGAGUCUACCUGCGAAGUUCUCACCGAAGCUGGAUGGAUCCCUGUGCUCCCACCGCUCUUUCAGUGAUGGCGGGACAUUUCUCAAGAGUCACCGACGUUGCCGCCAUCAGCAUCCAAUCAACGACUUCGAAGGGCGGUGCGCUUCCCGCAUACGUUCACCAUCACCUUGGUGAUCAUGGAAGACCAACUGAUCUACGUCUUGCAUGUAACGAGAUCUAUCAGGCUAUAAGAUAUUACCUCCCAUGCUGUUCCCUUCCAAGGACUAUGUGACUAUGCUCCCGAUCCUGCUGGCUUUCCUAUUCUUGACAGGCUCUAUCAGUGCCUUCCAGAUAUCUGUACCUGGAACCGUCUACAUUGAUGCGCCCGUUAACGCUACGUGGACUCGUAGCGAGCGGGAUCAAGGCGAUUUCGUCUUUGCUUUGCGCUCUAUUAGUAUCCCCGGCAAAAGCAAAGUAAUUUCAGAUAUUCCGAGAAACUUGUCGUCUGGUACGAUAGAAUUAAAUUUUACCUACCCUGGAGUCUACGUCGCGGAGAUUCAGACUCCCAGCCCUGAAUGUCUUGUAGUAGAAGCCAGCAACACUAUGGUAGUGCCGUCAGCGGAAAUAGGCGGGUAUCCUAUUAUCCCAUCCGGAUCGGAGGCGCCUACCUCCCAACCUUCCGCAAGUUCAGGCCUGGCGGAAGGCACGACCACGUCAACUCUAAAGCCGCCGUAUCACGCUCUUUCAUCUACCGCCUUGCCCACAUUGAGUUCAAGCACUGCGGAAUCUAGUUCUUCGGCCUCAAUACCCGUUGAUAGUAACAGCGUGUCGUCCGUAUUGGUAACUGGUUCUGUUUCAAGUCUAAGCUCCCACAUCACGACUAGCUCUUCGACCCCAAUAUCUGUUGAUAGUCACAGCCUAGCGUCGAGCGUCUUGUUCACGUCAGGGUUUGAUCCUGUUCCCAGCCCGAGCGUACGCAUCACGACAUCUAGCUCCUCGGCUUCAAUAUUUGUUGAUGGUCAGAGCACAUCGUCUAGCCUCUCACCCGCAUUGGAAUCUGUUAUUGUUCCAAUUACAGCCACUGCGACGUCUAGCCCAUCGCCCUCGAUAACUAUUAGCGGUUCACUCAACGGCAUUGGUAUCGGCCAUAAUGGCUUACGUACGAAGAUCUUCUCAAGCAUCUCUUCAGCAAAAUUGCUUUCCGCGGCGCCAACUUCUACCCUUACUAUUGCUACUCCUGGCACGAGCAUAGGCACCAGUGGCACCAGCGAUUUUACGUCAGGGACGCCGAGGAGUGCUACGAGCAGCCAGGUUACUGGUCCAUCCAGCUCGACGACGGUAACGUCGGGACCAAGUAAGGAGGUGACAAGCAACUUUCCAAGUCAUUCUUUUGGUUUUGAACCUAGUUCAAGUGGAGCUACCACAACAGUCCUUACCAAUACUUCUUCAAGUAUAUAUAACCCUCAAUCCUCGUCUACUUCAUCCUCAACAUAUAUGGACGAACAACGCCUACCCAAAGUUCUCGGCGGUGUAUUUGCGGCGAUGUCUGUUUCACUCUUCAUUAUUGGUUUCGUCCUAUAUCGGCGCCAUCAACGUCUGAAAGCCCGUGCUCAUGAUAUGGAGACUCGCGGUAACCCCAGUCGACGUUCCGAAGGCGGACUGACUUUGACGAGAACUCUAUCUCCACAAUCAUUCAACAAUGCACAUCUAUCUUCACGUAGCUCUUCUAUUAACUCCAUAGACGAGGUCAUGCGACCACUAAACCCAGCUGGCCAUGAAACUACACCAUCAUCCUACACAGGUACGAGAACACAUGAAAGCCACGAAUCGAGUGCUUUGACGAGACAAGAAUCAUCAGAUAUCACCUCGGAAUACUCUUACCAUUCAUUAUCGAACCCAUUCUUAGAUUCCCCCGAAGGUUCGCCGCGACUUGAAUUGCCUCUCUUUAAUACAGCGGAGCAGGAGAGUCCUCCAGUCGGGCCACCGACAAGAUCAGCAACGCAAAAAUCGAACGGCACUGCCGACACGGGAACUUCCCGGAAGACGUCUAGACCAGAAUCCUACUUCUUCAUGUUCGUGGAUGGGGUCAUGCAACCAUUGGACUCGCGCUCUGAUCGGUACCGCAGUCUCGUACUGUCGUCUGAGUGCUCCUAUCUUGUGCCCGAUCAGAUUGUGUUGCAGGAGCGCGCUGAUGCCCUGCGUGAGGAUAUUGUCCAGUUGAAGAGAAAGAUCUCUUCUCUACCAUCGGAUAGAGAGCAGAAUGAGGAGCUCCUUGCGACGAUACGCAUGCGAGAGGAGGAUGUGAUGCGGAUGGAUAGAGAAAUCGAGGAAGAGUGGAAGAAGCGCCGAUCCUCUGAUAUUCUACGUUUUUCUAUGGACGAUGUAGAUAUGGACUAUAGUAGGACUUCGCGUUGACGUAUAACCACUGCAGUGGUAUGGACAGUAAAUGCAAUGAG